CCCGCCCCAACGCCUAGCACAGUGCCCUGCACACAGUAGGCGCUCAAUAAAUGUUCGUGGAUGAUGAUGAUGAUGAUGAUGAAAAAAAUGCAGCAUCAACGGCAGCAGCAAGCGGACCACGCGAACGAGGCAAACUAUGCAAGAGGCACCAGGCUCCCUCUUUCUGGUGAAGGACCAACUUCUCAGCCGAAUAGCUCCAAGCAAACCGUCCUGUCUUGGCAAGCUGCAAUCGACGCUGCUAGACAGGCCAAGGCUGCCCAAACUAUGAGCACCUCCGCACCCCCACCUGUCGGAUCUCUCUCCCAAAGAAAACGUCAGCAAUACGCCAAGAGCAAAAAACAGGGUAACUCGUCCAACAGCCGACCUGCCCGUGCCCUUUUCUGUUUGUCUCUCAAUAACCCCAUCCGAAGAGCCUGCAUUAGUAUAGUGGAAUGGAAACCAUUUGACAUAUUUAUAUUAUUGGCUAUUUUUGCCAAUUGUGUGGCCUUAGCUAUUUACAUCCCAUUCCCUGAAGAUGAUUCUAAUUCAACAAAUCAUAACUUGGAAAAAGUAGAAUAUGCCUUCCUGAUUAUUUUUACAGUCGAAACAUUUUUGAAGAUUAUAGCAUAUGGAUUAUUGCUGCAUCCUAAUGCUUAUGUUAGGAAUGGAUGGAAUUUACUGGAUUUUGUUAUAGUCAUAGUAGGAUUGUUUAGUGUAAUUUUGGAACAAUUAACCAAAGAAACAGAAGGCGGUAACCACUCCAGUGGCAAAUCAGGAGGCUUUGACGUCAAAGCCCUCCGCGCCUUUCGAGUGUUACGACCACUUCGACUAGUAUCAGGAGUGCCCAGUUUACAAGUUGUCCUGAACUCCAUUAUAAAAGCCAUGGUUCCCCUCCUUCACAUAGCCCUUUUGGUAUUAUUUGUAAUCAUAAUCUAUGCUAUUAUAGGAUUGGAGCUUUUUAUUGGAAAAAUGCACAAAACAUGUUUUUUUGCUGACUCAGAUAUGGUGGCUGAAGAGGACCCAGCGCCGUGUGCGUUCUCAGGGAAUGGACGCCAGUGCACCGCCAAUGGCACGGAGUGUAGGAGUGGCUGGGUUGGCCCCAAUGGCGGCAUCACCAACUUUGACAACUUUGCCUUUGCCAUGCUCACUGUGUUUCAGUGCAUCACCAUGGAGGGCUGGACAGACGUGCUCUACUGGAUGAAUGAUGCUAUGGGAUUUGAAUUGCCCUGGGUGUAUUUUGUCAGUCUCGUCAUCUUUGGGUCAUUUUUCGUACUAAAUCUUGUGCUUGGUGUAUUGAGCGGAGAGUUCUCGAAGGAAAGGGAGAAAGCAAAAGCACGGGGAGACUUCCAGAAGCUCCGGGAGAAGCAGCAGCUGGAAGAGGAUCUUAAGGGCUACUUGGACUGGAUCACCCAAGCAGAAGACAUUGAUCCUGAGAAUGAAGAAGAAGGAGGGGAGGAGAGCAAACGGAAUACCAGCAUGCCCACCAGUGAGACGGAGUCUGUGAACACAGAGAACGUGAGUGGAGAAGGCGAGAACCGAGGCUGCUGCGGGAGUCUCUGGUGCUGGUGGAGAAGAAGAGGCACUGCCAAGGCCGGGCCCUCUGGGUGUCGGCGCUGGGGUCAAGCCAUCUCAAAGUCCAAGCUCAGCCGCCGCUGGCGCCGCUGGAACCGAUUCAGUCGCAGAAGGUGUAGGGCUGCCGUGAAGUCCGUCACGUUUUACUGGCUGGUCAUUGUCCUGGUGUUUCUCAACACCUUAACCAUUUCCUCCGAGCACUACAACCAGCCUGACUGGUUGACACAGAUUCAAGAUAUCGCUAACAAAGUCCUCUUGGCUCUGUUCACCUGUGAGAUGCUGGUCAAAAUGUACAGCUUGGGUCUCCAGGCGUACUUUGUCUCUCUCUUCAAUCGGUUUGAUUGCUUCGUGGUGUGCGGCGGAAUUACCGAGACGAUCCUGGUGGAACUGGAAAUCAUGUCUCCCCUGGGCAUCUCUGUGUUCCGCUGUGUGCGGCUCUUGAGAAUUUUCAAAGUGACCAGGCACUGGACCUCCCUGAGCAACUUGGUGGCAUCCUUGUUAAACUCCAUGAAGUCUAUCGCUUCGCUGCUGCUUCUGCUUUUUCUCUUCAUCAUCAUCUUCUCCUUGCUGGGAAUGCAGCUGUUUGGCGGCAAGUUUAAUUUUGACGAAACACAAACCAAGCGGAGCACCUUCGAUAAUUUCCCACAAGCGCUUCUCACAGUGUUCCAGAUCCUGACAGGUGAAGACUGGAAUGCUGUGAUGUAUGACGGUAUCAUGGCAUACGGGGGCCCAUCAUCUUCUGGAAUGAUUGUCUGCAUCUACUUCAUCAUCCUCUUCAUUUGUGGUAACUAUAUUCUACUGAAUGUCUUCUUGGCUAUUGCAGUAGACAAUUUGGCUGAUGCUGAAAGUUUGAAUACUGCUCAGAAGGAGGAAGCUGAAGAAAAGGAAAGGAAAAAGAUUGCCAGAAAAGAAAGUCUGGAAAAUAAAAAGAACAACAAACCAGAAGUCAACCAGAUAGCCAACAGUGACAAUAAGGUUACCAUCGACGACUACAGAGAAGAGGAUGAGGACAAGGACCCCUACCCACCCUGUGAUGUGCCAGUAGGUGAAGAGGAAGAGGAGGAGGAAGAGGAUGAACCCGAGGUUCCUGCUGGCCCCCGUCCUCGCAGAAUCUCUGAGUUGAACAUGAAAGAGAAAAUCGCCCCCAUCCCGGAAGGGAGCGCUUUCUUCAUUCUUAGCAAGACCAACCCGAUCCGCGUGGGCUGCCACAAGCUCAUCAACCACCACAUCUUCACCAACCUCAUCCUCGUCUUCAUCAUGCUGAGCAGCGCCGCCCUCGCCGCUGAGGACCCCAUCCGCAGCCACUCCUUCCGGAACACUAUACUGGGUUACUUUGACUAUGCUUUCACAGCCAUCUUUACUGUUGAAAUCCUGUUGAAGAUGCUAGGUUAUGCAGAUUAUGUCUUCACUGGUACUUUUGCAUUUGAGAUCGUUUUAAAGAUGACGACCUUUGGCGCUUUCCUCCACAAAGGCGCUUUCUGCAGGAACUACUUCAACUUACUGGAUAUGCUGGUCGUUGGGGUGUCUUUGGUGUCAUUUGGGAUCCAAUCCAGUGCCAUCUCUGUUGUGAAGAUUCUGAGGGUCCUAAGGGUCCUGAGGCCACUCAGGGCCAUCAACAGAGCGAAAGGACUUAAGCACGUGGUCCAGUGUGUCUUCGUGGCCAUCCGGACGAUUGGCAACAUCAUGAUCGUCACCACGCUCCUCCAGUUCAUGUUCGCCUGCAUCGGGGUCCAGCUCUUCAAGGGAAAGUUCUAUCGCUGCACAGACGAAGCCAAAAGUAACCCCGAAGAAUGCAGGGGCCUCUUCAUCCUCUACAAGGAUGGGGAUGUUGAUAGUCCUGUGGUCCGUGAGAGGAUCUGGCAAAACAGCGAUUUCAACUUUGACAACGUCCUCUCGGCUAUGAUGGCUCUGUUCACGGUCUCCACGUUCGAGGGCUGGCCCGCGUUGCUGUACAAAGCCAUCGACUCGAACGGAGAGAAUGUGGGCCCCAUCUACAACUACCGCGUGGAGAUCUCCAUCUUCUUCAUCAUCUACAUCAUCAUCGUUGCAUUCUUCAUGAUGAACAUCUUCGUGGGCUUCGUCAUCGUCACGUUUCAAGAGCAGGGAGAGAAAGAGUAUAAGAACUGUGAGCUGGACAAAAAUCAGCGUCAGUGUGUUGAAUACGCCUUGAAGGCACGUCCACUGCGGAGAUACAUCCCCAAAAACCCCUACCAGUACAAGUUCUGGUACGUGGUGAACUCCUCGCCUUUCGAAUACAUGAUGUUUGUCCUCAUCAUGCUCAACACACUCUGCUUGGCCAUGCAGCACUACGAGCAGUCCAAGAUGUUUAAUGACGCCAUGGACAUCCUGAACAUGGUCUUCACCGGGGUGUUCACUGUCGAGAUGGUUUUGAAAGUCAUUGCAUUUAAGCCUAAGGGGUACUUUAGUGACGCCUGGAACACCUUUGACUCCCUCAUCGUAAUCGGCAGCAUUGUAGACGUGGCCCUCAGCGAAGCCGACCACUAUUUCACUGAUGCAUGGAACACUUUUGAUGCCUUAAUUGUUGUUGGUAGCGUCGUUGAUAUUGCUAUAACUGAAGUGAAUAACUCUGAAGAGAGCAAUAGAAUCUCCAUCACCUUUUUCCGUCUUUUCCGAGUGAUGCGAUUGGUGAAGCUUCUCAGCAGGGGGGAAGGCAUCCGGACACUGCUGUGGACUUUUAUUAAGUCCUUCCAGGCGCUCCCAUAUGUCGCCCUUCUCAUCGCCAUGCUGUUCUUCAUCUACGCGGUCAUCGGCAUGCAGAUGUUUGGGAAAGUGGCCAUGAGAGAUAACAACCAGAUCAACAGGAACAACAAUUUCCAGACCUUUCCCCAGGCGGUGCUGCUGCUCUUCAGGUGUGCGACGGGGGAGGCCUGGCAGGAAAUCAUGCUAGCCUGCCUCCCGGGGAAGCAGUGCGACCCCGACUCGGAUUACAACCCUGGGGAGGAGUACACAUGUGGGAGCAACUUCGCCAUCGUUUAUUUCAUCAGUUUUUACAUGCUCUGUGCAUUUCUGAUCAUCAACCUCUUCGUGGCUGUCAUCAUGGACAAUUUUGAUUAUCUUACCCGGGACUGGUCUAUUCUAGGGCCUCACCACUUAGACGAAUUCAAACGGAUCUGGUCUGAAUAUGACCCUGAGGCAAAGGGAAGGAUCAAGCAUCUGGACGUGGUCACUCUGCUCCGCCGCAUCCAGCCUCCCCUGGGCUUCGGGAAGCUGUGUCCACACCGGGUAGCCUGCAAGAGACUGGUUGCUAUGAACAUGCCACUCAACAGUGAUGGGACAGUCAUGUUUAAUGCAACUCUCUUUGCUCUGGUUCGAACGGCUCUUAAAAUCAAGACUGAAGGGAACCUGGAACAAGCUAAUGAAGAACUCCGAGCUGUGAUCAAGAAAAUCUGGAAGAAAACCAGCAUGAAACUCCUUGACCAAGUUGUCCCUCCAGCCGGUGAUGAUGAGGUAACCGUGGGGAAGUUCUAUGCCACUUUCCUGAUACAGGACUACUUUAGGAAAUUCAAGAAACGGAAAGAACAAGGACUGGUGGGAAAAUACCCCGCGAAGAACAGCACAAUUGCCCUACAGGCGGGAUUAAGGACACUGCACGACAUUGGGCCAGAAAUCCGGCGUGCUAUAUCAUGCGAUUUGCAAGAUGAUGAGCCUGAGGAAACAAAACGAGAAGAAGAAGAAGAUGUGUUCAAAAGAAAUGGUGCCCUGCUUGGAAACCAUGUCAAUCAUGUUAAUAGUGAUAGGAGAGAUUCCCUUCAGCAGACCAAUACCACCCACCGUCCCCUGCAUGUCCAAAGGCCUUCAGUUCCACCUGCAAGUGAUACUGAGAAACCGCUGUUUCCUCCAGCAGGAAAUUCGGUGUGUCAUAACCAUCAUAACCAUAAUUCCAUAGGAAAGCAAGUUCCCAGCUCAACAAAUGCCAAUCUCAAUAAUGCCAAUAUGUGCAAAGCUGCCCCAGGAAAGCGGCCCAGCAUUGGGAACCUUGAGCUUGUGUCUGAAAACGGGCAUCAUUCCUUCCACAAGCAUGGCCGUGAGGCUCACAGAAGGUGCAGUGUUAAAAGGUCUGACUCGGGAGAUGAGCAGUUCCCGACGAUUUGCCGGGAGGACCCAGAGAUACACGGCUACUUCAGGGACCCCCGCUGCCCGGGGGAGCAGGAGUAUUUCAGCAGUGAGGAGUGCUAUGAGGAUGAUAGCUCGCCCACCGGGAGCAGGCAAAGCUACGGCUGUGGCUACUAUAACCGAUACCCAGGCAGCAGUUUGGACUUCGAGCGGCCUCGAGGCUACCAUCAUCCCCAAAGCUUCUCAGAGGACGAUGACUCUCCCGUUGGCUAUGAUUCCCGGAGGUCUCCGAGGAGACGCCUACUACCUCCCACCCCUACAUCCCACCGCAGGUCCUCCUUCAACUUCGAGUGCCUGCGCCGGCAGAGCAGCCAGGAGGAGGUCCCGCCGUCCCCCGCCUUCCCGCCCCGCACGGCCCUGCCUUUGCACCUGAUGCAGCAACAGAUCAUGGCAGUCGCCGGCCUAGAUUCCAGUAAAGCCCAGAAGUACUCGCCAAGCCACUCUACCCGGUCGUGGGCCACCCCGCCGGCCACGCCGUCGUAUCGGGACUGGACGCCGUGCUAUACCCCGCUGAUCCAGGUCGAGCGGCCGGAGGCCCCAGACCAGGUCAACGGCAGCCUGCCGUCCCUGCACCGCAGCUCGUGGUAUACGGACGAGCCCAGCGUCUCCUAUCGGACGUUCACACCAGCCAGCCUGACCGUCCCCAGCAGCUUCCACAACAAGAACAGCGACAAGCAGAGGAGCGCGGACAGCCUGGUGGAGGCGGUUCUGAUAUCCGAAGGCUUAGGACGGUAUGCGAGGGACCCAAAGUUCGUGUCGGCGACAAAACACGAAAUCGCCGAUGCCUGUGACUUAACCAUCGACGAGAUGGAGAGUGCAGCCAGCAACCUGCUGAAUGGGAACGUGCAUCCCCGGGCCAACGGAGACGUGGGCCCCGUCUCACUCCGGCAAGACUACGAGCUCCAGGACUUCGGGCCUGGCUACAGCGACGAGGAGCCGGACCCCGGGAGGGACGAGGAGGACCUGGCAGAUGAAAUGAUUUGCAUCACCACCCUGUAGCCCCUCCCCGGGAGCCGCUGAUGGGCUCUGGCCUCAAGGUGGGGCGCCGGAGGGCCAGGGGGAAAAGUGCCUCGUAGUUAGGAAAAUUUAGGCACUAGCGUGGAGUCCCUAUUCGCAGUUAGAAUUUUGUAACAAGUGAUGUCAUGCCUCAAGGAAGCCAUAUUGCUGGCAGGGGACAGCCACGCCCCAGCUGUGUGGGCGAGGGCAGGUCCAGCCCUCCUGGAGAGGACCAGCGAGGAGGGUCAGACGGGCCCUGCUGGCUUGUCUGCGGCGCUCGCCUGCCGCCCGCAGGCACGGGGUGGGAAAGGUUUAAGGUGAUGACGAUCACCAUACCUGUGUCAUUACCUCAGCCAUCGGUCUAGCAUAUCAGACAUUCACUGGGCCCAGCAUAUCCAUUUUUAACCCCCCCCCCCCAAAAAAAAAACACACUGCUUCCUGAUUCCUGUUGAGCUGUUCUGAAAUACGGUGUGUACGUCAGGACCAGCCUACCAGCCGUCAUCCUGGGAGGGGAAGCAGGACCCUGUAAGCAGGGUUUUGUGACGUGAUGCCAGUUUACAGGCAGGAGGGUGUCGCUCCGACGGUCGGAUUUCUGACUGUCAGGCUAAGGGCAACUGUAAACUGGAAUAAUACUGCACUCGCAACCAGGUAAACUUAGAUACGCUAGUUUGUUUAAAAAUUAUAGAUUUACUGUACAUGACUUGUAAUAUACUAUAAUUUGUAUUUGUAAAGAGAUGGUUUAUAUUUUGUAAUUAUUGUACCGUAUUUGAAAUGCAGCAAUAUCCAUGGGUCCUAAUAACUGUAGUUCCCCACUGAAAUCUAGAAACUAUUAGUAUUUUUACUUGGGCUAUACAGAAGUAUAAUAGAAGAAACAGAGCCAAUUCUCAUUUAUUCAGUGAAAAAUCUUUUGGGGGUACAAUCUUUAGUUCAGAAGAACUUGACACUACAGAGAUUUUUCUAAAAUAUUUUGAGUCACUAUAAAUCUAUCUUUACACAAGAGAUUCCAGAGGACUAUUUGCAGUCUUUUCUUUGGGCAGGGGUUCUGUGAUUUGAUAUUGUAACUUUUGAUCCACCAUGGGUUGCAACUGUCUUUUGUUUUCCUUUAAUAACCCCUCCGAUGAGUUCACAGCAGAGGAGGUCGAGCUGGUUACUCGGACCCUGUGGCAUUCAUUCAAACUCAUGGUUUUCUCAGCUGCCCCACAGGAUACUCGGGCAUUUCUGGUGCAGAAACAAUGGCAGUGGUGAAUGAAGUCUCUCUGCUGUUGUCCCCCCGGGACUGGUAAGGCGGCGCGGCCGAGGAAAUAAAAGAGUGCUGGGGGCUGGGGGACCGAGGAGGCUCUUACAGGACUAGAUGUCGGGGUCUGUACAAAUCGUAUUGCUGCCUUUUUACAAAACAUUGCUGUACUGUGCGUUCUCUUUGAGGGCUUUUAUAUGCAACUGAAUGAGGGCUGAAGUUUUCAC